AUGGACUCGACCCCACCUCCUGAGUAUGGCAAUGAAGCCGCAUAUGGAAUCUCCUUGCAAACCGAUGAGCUUACCAUGGGCGUCGCGCCUUUGCUCUAUCCCGAUUCCUGCUCAGAGAUCCAACCCCCUUAUGCAGAAAAAGAAGAAAUAUCUAUCGAAAAUAAUGCCUUUAUCAGCGACAAGACAGGCAGUAGCGCAACUUUUCUGCUCUUGCACCGAAGACUGGCCCCCUCACCAAUUAUUACGGAUUUCGGGCCUAAUAUCACUCCCAGCCGCCAUCGUCGGGGAUAUUAUUAUGCACCAUAUUACCUGUCCCAGAUUGUUUUAGUCUCCUUACAGGGUAGACAGGUACGGCAGGAGGCAGAGAACGAAAUCUUCUACGAAAUUAUCAAGAGUCUUGACAUAAGUCUGAAGGCCGUCUUUGAGAUAGGCUUGAGACUCGGUAUCAAAACGUGCAAGGCUUGGAACCAAAACAUCCAGGAUGGCGGCUUAA